AUGUCAGCUACGGACCCCAAUAUACCGCAUGAUUCCAAGGUGGAUCAGAUAUUGGGAGUAUGUUCUGCUAUGUUGGUGAUUACUACAAUAGUGGUAGCAGCAAGAAUUUGGACUCGUUUGAAGCUUGCUAAAGGUGGACUUGGAUCCGAUGACUGGUGUAUAAUCGUUGCUUGGGUUUUGGCUAUAGCUUUUGAUCUUGAUCCAAUUAAUCAAGUAAAAUUUGGGUUGGGUCAACAUAUAUAUGAUUUGCCUGAAAAUACAAAUUUCAGUGCAUCUCUAGAGCUCUAUUAUUUCGGCGAAAUUAUCUACUUCAUCUGUGUGGCCGUCACAAAAAUAGCUAUCCUCAUUCUCUAUCUUCGUUUAGCCACUUCCAAAGUCCUUCGAACUCUCAUCUGGGGUGUAAUGGCCUUUGUGACCCUUACAUCUAUAUCCUUCGUUAUUGCGACUAUUUUUCAAUGUACGCCGAUUUCCAAGGCUUGGGAACAACCUGUUACGGAUAAGGGACAUUGUAUUCAAGUCAAUGCUUUGUUCUAUGCCAAUGCCGGUUUGGAUAUAUUUCAGGAUUUGGUGAUAUACGUUCUGCCAAUGAAAAUGCUGUACUCGAUUCAGAUACCGAGGAGACAGAAAUAUGCGCUUAUGAUUGUUUUUGCGGUGGGGGGAUUUGUAGUCGUCACGGGCAUGAUUAGACUUUAUUAUUUGCAAGGCGCUCAAGCAUCGCAGGAUCCUUCUUAUGACAAUGUAGGCGGUGCUGUCUGGUCUUCCAUCGAAUGCAACAUAGGCGUAGUGUGUGCCUCGCUCCCUCACUUCAAACCCCUCUUCGAUCGAUUCUUCCCCUCAUUAAUGGGUCGAUCUGCUGGCGCCUCAAAUCACAAUGGUCAUUCGGGGCCAGAAUUAAGGAAGAAUUACGUUAAACAAAAUAAUGAAUAUGAGUUGGAGAACGGAGGCGCGAAGAAGAAGAUGUGGAAAGAUACUUAUGAGGGGAAGUAUGGGAGAGAUCUGGUUAAUAAUAUUGAGGGGGGUGAUACCAUAUACGAGGGGAAUGAUAGCGAGGAGAGGCUGAGGGGCGCGACGCCGCCAGAGACUGAGGGAAAUAAUGGAGGAGGGAUCUACAAAAGCACGAAGAUUGUGGUUAGUAGGUUGCCGGCUGAGAGGUGA